CAUCAUCAUCAGGUCGUUGCCGAUUCCUUAAGAUUAAGAAUACGGCCUUCAGUGUUAAUCUGGCGUCACCAAAGCAAGUAAUAGCAUCGGGUCAUACGGCAAACACCUAACUUCUUGAAUCAUUUACCUGGCAGUGUCGCAGCUCCACGACCAUUAUUCUGAAAGACUUCUGUGCCGCACCUCCACUACAUUCAAAGGACCUAGUUUAAGUUACAUGGGUUGUUAAGUUUUUUUUUUUUUUAACGGCUCUAAUGACAGAUUAUCAUGAUUUCUAUUUUCCAAAGCUCUAGUUGAAGCUACAUUGUUUUUUAAGGGUCUUUUUACGGUUCUAGUGACAGAUUAACAAGACUUCUACAUUUAAAAGGCUCUAAUUGAAGAUAAGUGUUUUUUCUACGGUUCGAGUGACAGAUUAAUUCCACUUUCACACAUUUCGACUUUUUACUGUCCAUGACCCGGCACCGUGUAUGCUACACACGUGUGCCAAGUCUAGAAAGCCUUGCUCACGCGGGGAAACCACCUUUCUCAGUGCACGUACCAUAAGACACCAAGGAAGACUUUAUACCUUCCUCGUGAGACGCAGAGCCUGAGUCCCGGGACUGAUGGUACAGAGAAAGGCAAAGGGAAGGCAUCAGUACAUCCCACAGGAUCAGUCAAUCCCACCAAGCCAUCGCGCUCUCCCACCCGCCUAAUAAGCCUUCCUAGCCUUCACCCUCUGUCUUGCCUGCUUUCAUGGUCUGCCUCCUGAUGCUUCUUGAAGUACUUUUUUUUUCUUCUUCUUUCUCUCUUCCCUUAGUUAUACUAUGGCUACUUUUCGGAGAACAUUUUCUUUCCCCUGCGAAAGUUUGCAGGGUUACGCUUCAUUAGGACCACCCGCAGCAGAUUUAUGAAAGGGUUGCCUCUCAUUAGCAUAUUCACUGUAAUCAGCAUUCUUUAAUUACAUCACCUUGACAGUAAAGUAGUGAACAUCACAUUUACAACACUGACUGGAGGAAGAAGGUGAGAGGAGCAUGGCAACUUUCAAAAACGCACCUUUCACCUUGCCAGAUCACGCUGGUGCAAGCGCGCACGCACACACACAUACAUUUAACACUGAGCACACAGCAUCCUACGUCUUGCUGCUGGAUUAGAAGGUAAGUAACAGAACAAGUCACCUGUAAGUACCAUCAGUUUGUGGAGCCUACAAGGGUCAGUUGUGAGAGUAGACAUGUAUGUACACCAGACCACAUUGCAGGUAUCAUAACUGAUUGACCAUAAACCCUCUUUGGUUUGAGAGCAUAUAGGACUUGUGAUGAUGUAGCUGUGAGAGAAACGUUUCCAACUGACAUGCUAACAUGCCUGCCUUGCCUGUGCAGACGGUGACCAAGGUGAUCAUCAGCAGUCAGGCUGGCGGGGACAUGAGCAACAUUGGGAACCAGCAGGUGCACCUCAUCACCAGCCAGAGUGGUAAUACUGCAGCCUCCCCUGCCAAGCUGACCUUGCAGCAGGCACAGCAUGUGGGUUUCUUGCCAUCCUCCAAGCCACAGGGCCAAUCUCCAAACAAGAUUGUUGUGCAGCGGGUGAGUAUGGGUGGAGUGUCCCCUGUGAAGAGUCCCAAUAAGUUGGUCCCUGUGUCCUCCAAGUCACCCACCAAAAUUGCCCCAGCCCCUCCUUCCACACAGCAGGUGGGUUGUCCGGCAGUGGCUGCUUUCCUCCCUGCUUGUCUAUAAGGGGCUGCCGUUAUUGUGUGUUUCAUCAGCAAGCUCCGGCCUUUGUCUUGUUUGUGCUUCUUUAAGUCUUAUUUCUAUAUUUAUGCUAUUUUCUGUACUGUGAAUAUAUUUUUCUUAUUGGAGGUUCCAUUUUAAAAAUAUAUAUGAUAAGAAUUAUGAAUCUUUAGGUGAGAUGUCACAGAGAAAAGCUAUGUGCAUUUUCAUGAAGGGAUGGAAUAUUGUGCAUUAUUAGCCAACAUAUUACAAACAAGGCUUUACAUGCAGGAUGGGCAGAAGCUAUUGUGCAAACUCUUAUACAUAGGAAUACAAGAUUUAAGCAAACUUCUAUCUGUAAUUCCCUACAUAAGUUGUCAUUGUUAAUUAUCAGUUCAGCAACAUUACCAUUUAUCCCUCUAAACAUUGUUAUGGUGCAGGAUUGUGUGUUGCUUGGCUAUGAAUGGUAUGAAUGGCUGCCUGUGACUGGUGGCUAAGUGCCAGCCAUCCUAAACUGCAGUUAAUAUAAUAGUGUAAUCAUUUGUUGAAUUUUCUAACCAUCCUAGAAACAAGUUAUGUAAGUAGAGAGUUGUCAGUGGAUGCAUCCAACAUUCAUCAUUAUUUAUAUUGCUUCUUCGUAUUUGAGGAGUUGAGAUUAAUAUUUAGGUAUGUCAUGCUUCCAUAUUGCACGAUCUUGUUUUUUUCCCUAAUUUUUCAAGUAACUAGAUUUAUCUUCUCAGACUUCAAUCAUGGUUUAUUUUUCC